AUGGUGAACCGGAGAGGAAUUCGCGUGGGUCCCGGGCGGGCCGUGGACUCGAGAACUCCGGUGUCUGCUCAGAGCUUCAGCAAUUCCCCUUCACCUUACCUUGCUGUUCUUAAUAAGUAUUUCCCGACACAGAUACUAACAAAGUUAGAGAACAAGGUCAAAAGAAAGACAGUGAGGGCACUGAGGGCACUGAACAUGCGGAUCCAGGAAGCUCAGGUUCGGAGGAGGCAGCUGGUGAAGGACAGCAAGGUGUUACAGAAAGAACGGUUCCAGGUGGAAACAGAAAGCAAGUGCUUUCUGAAAUAUCUGGCCAAAACAAAUAACCAUUUUAUAAGGAAACAUGAGGAGCUAUGGAAGGAUUACGCCCAAGAACGGGAGGUGAUAGAACAAAAGAAGCAAGAAUUAGCAUCCAGGUUUGCCACACGAACUGCAGAUCUUCAAGCACAGUUCUUUCAGGGGAAAAAGAUCUUGUACGAUUUAAAGCAGGCGUUGUUGGCAUUGAGGGACAUCUCCCUACUAAAGGAGAGACAGGAGAUGACACUACUGGAAUUACAGCAAGAAAAAGAGAAAGUUGAAUCAGAGACAAUUAUGAAGGACCAAGAAGCACAUUUCCAGUUCCUGCAGCAAAAAGCAUUGCUGGAGAAACAACUAAAUGAACUAGACAGAUUGCAGAAGGGAGAUACCAGAACAAGGGAGCUUAAGGGGAAGGCCAAGGCUUGGGAGUUGUUAGUUCAGCAGGCUCAUCAUGAUUUCUGUCUAGACUUCAUAAAAGAGAACCAGCAGCUCUUGGAGAGUUUUUAUCAGCUACAUCAGGAAUUUAAGAAGUUAGAGGAUAUCAGAAGCCAGUUAAUCAGGCAGAGGCAGCAUCAGAAGGAGGAAAGGUGGUAUGAAGAAGCCUUAACUAGGGGUUGGCAACGACUGCAGGCAAAAUAUGAGCAUAAUGGAUGCCCCAAAGAACAGGGUGCUCCAAAAUCUGCACCGAGCCACCCCUAG